AUGGCCUUUUUGAAGUACGCUCUUCCCGCCCUGGCGGCGAGUCAACUUGCUCUCGGUUCCUCCUGUGGUGAGGGCAAGACCAUUAAAAUCUCCAGCCAGAGCGACAUCGAUGGCUACAGCUCGUGCAAGACCCUCAAGGGUGAUGUCGAAAUCUCCGAGAAGGUCGCCGACACCCUGUCCUUCAACAACGUCGAGAAGAUCACCGGUGGUUUCAGCUGCACUGGUGCUAGCAACCUUACCUCUCUGACUGCCCCCAACCUCGGCGAGAUCGGCGACACCUUCAAGCUCGAUGGCCUUACUGGUCUCUACACUCUCAACUUUGGCGCUCUGAGCAGCGUUGGUAGCAUCAAGUUCACUGCUCUUCCCCAGCUGCAGAAGCUUGAGUUCGCCACUGGUAUCUCUGAGGCUGGCAACGUUGCCAUCACCAACACUGGUCUGUCCAGCCUUGACGGUAUCUCCCUCAACAAGGUUGGUGACUUCGACAUCACUGAGAACACCAACCUCAAGACUGUCAACGUCAACAACCUGACCGAGGCCACCGGUCUCAUCAACUUCGCUGGUAACAUGGACUCUCUCGAAAUCGAGCUCCCCAACCUCGCCAGCGGUACCAACAUGACCUUCCGUAACGUCAGCAGCGUUUCCGUGCCCUCUCUCCACAACUUGACCGGUCAGAUGGGUUUCUGGGGUGACAGCUUCAAGACCUUCAGUGCCCCCAACCUCACCGAGACCGGUGACCUUGCUUUCAACAACAACGCUAAGCUCUCCAACCUCAGCAUGCCUCAGCUCGAGACUGUCAACGGUGGUUUCCAGAUCAUGCGUAACGACAAGCUUGCCAACAUCUCUUUCCCUAGUCUCGAGACCAUCACUGGUGCUAUUGACUUUAGCGGUGCUUUUGACAACGUCGACAUCCCCGAAUUGAGCAACGUCAAGGGUGGUUUCAACAUGCAGAGCACUGGUGACUUCGACUGCGACGGUUUCGACAAGAAGCACAAGGACAAGGUUAUCCGUGGUUCGUACACUUGCUCCGCCAAGAAGUCCAACCCCAAGAGCAAGAACGGCCAGUCUGGUACUUCCAGCGGCACCUCUUCUGCUGCUUCUGGCACUUCUACUUCGAGCGAGGGUGCUGCCCCUGCCAACAUUGCCAAUGUUCCCGCCAUGGGAAUGGCUGCAAUCUUUGGUGCUCUCCUCCAGCUUGCUAUGUAA